AUGAGGUACAACAUUGAAUUGCCACUCCUUACCACCCUUAGACAAGUGGAAACCUCGAACAGACAUUUGAAAAGAAUUCUGGAGCUCACUGUGGAUGCAUUUCGCAAGGAUUGGUCAAAAAAAUUAGGAGAUGCUUUAUGGGCAUAUCGCACUGCUUACAAGACAUCUAUUGGGAUGUCCCCAUAUCGACUAGUCUUUGGAAAAGCAUGCCACCUACCAGUGGAGUUUGAACAUAAAGCAUACUGGGCAUUGAAACAGCUAAACAUGGACCUCGAAAACGCUGGAGAAACAAGAAUACUGCAGCUACAUGAAUUGGAAGAACUCAGAAGAGAAGCAUAUGAGAUGCAGGUAUCUAUAAGGAAAGGACGAAGCAGUGGCAUGACAAAAAUAUCAGGCAAAGGAUUUUUAGAGUGGGAGAUCAAAUGGUCCGGCCCUUCUACGGUCUCUCAAGUGUUUCUCCAUGACACAGUUGAAUUACACCAUCCAACAAAAGGAAACUUCAAAGUAAAUGACCAACGUAUCAAGCACUACGUGAAAGAUUUUCCCACCGCUAAAGAGAGCAUUGACCUAGCUGUACCAGAAUAA